UCAAUAAAUAGUCAGAUAUUGAGGACCAUAUUGAUCAUGGCGACGACCGCUGACUAAAAGAUUGCAUUACAUUUGCCAAAUUCAAAAUGGCGGGUGAUGCGAUGAGUUCGGGCGAUAAGAAAAAGUACAGCUGGAAUUUCAAAAAGUUUAUCGAGAGAACACCUUGCGCCCGUGAAUCAUUGCUAUAUGGGAUGACUGGCGGUAUUAUCGUUGGUGCUGGGUACUUUCUUAAAUCAAUGCACGUUUCCAGGUCAUGUCGAUACGCAGUUGGUUCGUUUGCAAUAAUCUCCCUUGGAAGCUGGGAAAUGUGCAGAUACAUGAGAUACAAAGAGCAAGAAGCAAUCAAAGAAACCAUUGAUAUAAUAAAUAAACAUAGACAGCAAAAGGAAGAAGAGGAAGGAAAUGAAUGACCACUCAGAGCAAUAGUAUUAGUGAACCUCUCUAAUAUUUAUUUACCAUGUCUUUAUUUUUGGAACAAAAAAAUUUGUAAUUAAAAUAAUUAAUUGUAAGUGCUUGGUUGGAGAAGGGGUUUGAAGCUCUUUGCAGGCCACUGGGUGGCGUGAGCUGAGACACAGAAAACCUGUUCAAUAUCCUUAUGUUACACAGUGACUAUAGUUUUUUUUGUGCACAUACACCUAAAUGUUUUUAUUACCACCUUUCUCUCAACCUCAAAAUUUUUUUCUUCUUGUGUACAUAUUACAAUUUGUUUUUGUGUACAUGUUAACUAACAAUGAUUAACUAAAUAAAAAAUAACUAAAUUAUAGCAAGGUGUUUCUCAUGGCCACUCCACUUCCACUUCAGAACAACUCUUGUAAACUUUCUAUUUAUUGCAAACACAGACAAUUGUAUUAGAUUUAAAUGUGUUAUUGUUUUUGGUUUCAUAUUUACUUUUAGGAAUCCCCUUAAAGUGGUUACUGAUGAUUUAAGGUGGCUGCACACAGUUUUGGCAUGCGCUUUUGCUGAUGCAAUUCAGCAUGCACACA